GGGAAGUAAGAGGAGGACAGUUGGAGGAAGAAGCCUCGCUAGAAAUUAAAGGGAUACAGAUGCGCCCGUGAAAGUCGAGGAGCGAUUAUUGUUAUUUUUUUUUAAAGAAAAUACACUAUUAGGCUAUAACAACUCAAACAACGUGCAUGCCGGGUCGUUUAAAAAGAAAAUAUCGCAGCGUAGUGACAAUCCAGCUUUAAUCGACCGAAAAGGACAAGGAACAGAGCGCAUCUGCUGCAUUGUAGUCUACUUGUCUAUUUGACAUAAACCCUGGCGUAAUACUAUUAGACAAUUUGCUAACAGCCUGCGAGGACAACGGGCUCUGGAGGUGUUGAUAGAGUGCAAUGAUGACUGGCAAAUCUGUGAAAGACAUUGACAGAUACCAGGCUGUCCUCAACUCACUAUUAGCGCUCGAAGAGAAUAAAUUCUGCGCUGACUGCGAGUCGAAAGGUCCGAGAUGGGCGUCCUGGAACCUGGGCAUCUUCGUGUGUAUCCGGUGUGCCGGGAUCCACCGGAACCUCGGGGUGCAUAUCUCCAAGGUCAAGUCGGUCAACUUGGACCAGUGGACGCAGGAGCAGGUUCAGUGUGUCCAGGAGAUGGGGAACGCGAAGGCCAAGCGACUGUACGAGGCCUUCUUACCUGAGUGCUUCCAACGCCCCGAGACGGACCAGUCGUCAGAGAUUUUCAUCCGGGACAAGUACGACAAGAAGAAGUACAUGGACAAGGUCAUCGACAUCAAAAUGCUCAGGAAAGAAAAGAGCUGUGACAACAUACCCAAGGAGCCUGUCGUGUUUGAGAAGAUGAAACUGAAACGAGAAGUCAGUCCACAGCCACAGACCGUCACAGACUUGCUAGGAUUAGAUGCCCCUGCUCCCAGUCCAGCUAAGUUACGCACUGGGAGGUGUAUUCCAGAGGAGGGGGAGAGCCCAGCACUGGCUAACCCAGCCCUGGCGCACUCUGCCUUGGACCCGUUCAGCUCUCCGCCGCUCCCCGCCUCCGUUUCCUCGAGCCAAAUGCCAGCCAACUCCAUGCCCAGAAGUAGAGUAGCAGCAUCGGUCCCUGAGAACCUCAGCCUCUUCCUGGACCCGCCGUCCAGAAGGGAGGAAGGCACCAAGGUGAAGAAGCUGUCCAAGGACUCCAUCCUCUCCCUCUAUGGCUCCGCCCCCUCCGUACACGCCAAUGCCAUGGCCGCCCAAGCCGGCCUGUACAUGAAUCAGCUGGGCUACCCAAACCAUCCGUACCGAGGCUCCUUCCACUCGUUGGGCCAGAUAGGAGGAAUGGGCGGCGCCAUGAUGCCAUCGCAGAUGGCCAUGUCGGGGCGGUCGCAGAGCUCCAUGGCCAUCGGAGGGCACCAGAACGGCAUGAUGGGUGCACAUGCCCAAGUGGGCGUGGCCCAACAGCAGUACAUGUCCGGCAUGAUCAGGCCCCAGGGCAUGAUGGGACAUCAGCAGAACGGCAUGAUGGGACAGCAGCAGAACGGCCUUGGGGGACAGCAGCAGAACCCCAUGAUGCAGCAGCCGAUGGGCGGUAUGGCCGGCCUACCUCAGCAGCAGGUGUACGGAGCACUUGGCCAGCAGCCCCAGCAGGUGCAGUGGAAUGUUUCCCAGGUGAACCAACAAAUGGCCGGCAUGAAUUUCUUCGGGACCAAUGGCGGCGCCGCGACGGGAAAAGGCGGGAAACAGACGGAAAAACCGACAACCUCAAGCACCGCCCACAUGGCGGCACAUGUCUGGAAAUGAAGCCUUCCGUCCGCGGACGGUGACGGUGACGUUGAGGAAUGACCUCAUAAAGAUAUGUGGAUUUUAAACCUAACAUUUCUAUAGCAAGCAAGGAGGAGGAGGCCGAAGCGGAGGGAGGGGUUGAGACGGGCCAGGGAGAAGUUGGAGACCCAUGUGGAAAAAAUGGUUGAGGUUUGGCAGGAUACGAAUACUACCUCUCUCGCUCUCUUCCUUCCCUCUCUAUCUCUCUCUCUCUCUCUCUCUCUCCCUCUUUCUCUCCCAUGCACACACAUGCUUCCUUUUUCCCCAUCCAGGGCAGCGUUUUGCAGAUCUCUGUUGUUGCCCUGACAACCCUCUGUAGCCCAGACAAACGCGGACAAACCCAGACACCUCGGAAUACAGGUCCCAGAGUCCCGUCGCAAAACCUUUGGGUAGUGGCUGCCAGCUAGGACGGCACAUCUCCAUACAAGUGUGUGUGUGUGUGUGUGUGUGUGUGUGUCUGUGUGUGUGUGUGCGUGUGUGUGUGUAUGUGUGCGUGUGUCUGUGUGUGUGUGUGUGUGUGGGUUGUGUGUGUGUGUGUGUGUAUGUGUGUGUGCCUCGGCUGGUGUCCACUACCCAUCUCUAGCCGUGGCCUGAUUAUAUAAACCACUAGAGACAGGAUAAGCUUGUCACUUAUUAUUAUUAUGAUCAUUAUUUUUGCAUUCAUAUAUAAGACCCCCACUGUUGGAGGAGACAUAGCCGCUACAACAACAGCUACCUGAAGAGCUCAUAACCGGCAAAUGUUCAUUCCAGGUUUCAGGAAGAAUCAUGUUUUCAUCUACUAUACUCGCUGGAAGGUCCUCGCGAGAUAAUUGGAAAACCAAAGAUCAAUACUAGCUUUAUUUGUUCGUACCAUAUUCCAACGUGCUUUGUGACGGUUGUACUACAUCUAAUGGGAUUACACACAGAUGUCUCUGUACAACAAUAAGGGCAUCAGACGCAGUUCAUCGCAGUACUUUUAGUUGUUCCGCGGAGGGUAAAGCCCUAUGGACCAACAGCUGUUCCGGGGUGGACUCUUCCCAUGGACAUAUGAAAUCACUGUGUUAAUCCCUCUGCUAAGGGGUUGGACACUUGGGAAGCACUUGGUACUGAAUGUAGACAGGAAACAAACAGGAAGCAGGAGCCCACACACCUCAAGACGCACCCUGCACAACAGUGAGUUCAGAGAGGACGUUUUUUCGAGAACAACCUAAAGAAAAUGGAAAAUAAAAGCAGAAAUGGAAAACGACGAUAAAUGUUGUGGGUCCAUACAUAUUUCACUGAUGCUUCCAUGGAUUGCAUGACGAGAAUGUCUAUUUCCCUAUGAUUGUAUGACUGAUUGAUUGUAUUUUGUGUAUAUGUGUGUCUGUGCGGGUGCGUGUGUGCGUGACAAUGUCGAAUUUGUCCCUGGAAUGUGUAUCGCCGAAUGUCUCCGUUCUAAAGAUCCAAAUGUUUCAUGUUUCUCCAAGCGCUGCUUCACUUGAUUAUGUUUCAGAAAUAAAUAAUUAUUUUGAGGGGUUAUAUAAAGCAGUUGGAUUCAUAGAAAAUUGAUGUCAUUGGAAAAAUGAAAAUACCUUUCAAGGCCGUUGGUUUCACUAGAACGAUAUGUAGGAUGAAAGAACACGUCUAUGGAUGUCAGUCCACGAAUGUAGGCCUAUUGACCACAGAUUGAUUGUGAAUAUCCAUUUAUUUGCCUGAAUAAUUCUGUGGCUGGUAUAUUUGAUAUUCUUUGACUAUGUAUGUCAUGACUUCACUUGGUUUCUAUUAAUGUUUUGCGCUUAUACUGAAAAUAGCGAUCGGGUCAACAACUCAAUCGCAAACCGCCACCAAUCUGUCACAUUGCACACAGCACUUGCUAUCUCAUCAGUCGCUUUUCUUAUUCCUUAAAGGGGACCCUUUUUUAUCUCCAGGUGUGAGGCCGGAAGCUCUGAUCUAUCCAUCAAACAUCUAGGUUGACAUGCUCACCAGUAAUUUCGUGACAUGAUACUAUUGGAUGCGGCGAGUGAUGGCUAAAUACUACCCUGGAGGUCAUAUUGAAGCCCUGUAAAUGUCGAACCUGACUUUUAUUUUUCAGGAUGUUUUGUGGUAUAGAGUGAUCCUUUUCUGAGGAAUUAAUCCUUUUUCAAAAACGAAAAGAGAAACGUGAAAGUUGGAAGGAUUCCAGAUGAUUGACAGAAUGCAGUCUGUAGCACAGCCUCCUCUUAUCAACAACACAGAUAUCAACUCUUUCUAAUCAUGGUUGGUUUGAGCACAGACUAGAGUCAUAUUUAGCCUGUUUGUUUGGAGAGCGCAGCCAAAAUGACACAUCACAGUUGGCUCUUCAUCUCUUAGCAAUAUUAGUUUAUAAAGAACAUGCUUUUGAAUGAAUCAUGCUUGUGGUAAAGAUAGUGCUCUGUCUGGAAACUUUUGAAAAUCACCCAAUUUUUUUAGGUUUUAUAUUUUGUUUCCUUUUUUGAUAAGCCUGGACACAUUUGUUCAUUCUCCUACUUGUCUAUAAUGUUUGGCUUGUAUAAAAUUAAAUCAAAGCUGAGAAUGUAUCUUUUUAUGUACUGACCGAAUCAAAUUGUGUGUACUUUAUCCAUCAGAUUGAUAUUGCUGUAUAUUAUAUUUCUUACAUUCAAGUUGGAUGUUUUGUUAUGUUUAGGUCUGAAUAUUUAAUACAGUAUGCUUUGCCUUUUCUUGUUUUCAUGUUCACACCAGUUUAUAUAUAGAACUUGUGACGAUGUAUGUAUAUGUAUCGUAAUCUAUUGUUACGCGGCAAUAUAAUAAAUAUUUUGAUGAAAUUAAAAUAGGCAUACUGGUUUAUGUUGACAUAUGCUCUCUCAUUUUAAUUAUCUCCAAUAAAUGCAUAUCACAAUAGCAAAACACUGCUGGAAAAAAAACAAGGUCAAAGGUUAGUGAUUCAAAUAAUCUUUAUUGACUUUGCGUCCAGAUGUCAAUGGGCAUGCAAAUACAGGCUUCUGAAUCGGAAAGUUUCUCUUUUUUCCUCCUUCAACGUUGGUUUCUAUUUUCUUACAAAACUACGUGCACCUUAAGUAAUCAAUUCGGCAGCGUACA